CACAGAGGACUCACCUUUCACAAGUUCAAGUGGAGUUUUGAAUUAGAUUGUAUCUCAUGGAGGUCAGGAUCACAUGUGGACUGUGGUUCUUCGCCUUUAUUUUGGGAUGUGGGCGACUAUCGGCGUUCAACCUGGACAGCACGAAUGUCCAGCGGAAGAACGGUGACCCGGGCAGCUACUUCGGCUUCUCUCUCGCCAUGCACUGGCAGCUUGCUCCGGAGGAUAAGAGAAUGCUGCUGGUUGGUGCCCCGAGAGCAAAAGCCAUGAGUGGCCAAACAUCCAAGGUGACAGGAGGACUGUACAACUGUGACAUGACCUCCACCUCAACGUCUUGCUCCAGAGUUCAAUUUGAUAACAAUGAGAAAAUAAACGAAGAGAGCAAAGAGAACCAGUGGAUGGGAGUGACCGUCAACAGUCAGGGACCAGGAGGAAAAGUUGUGACCUGUGCCCAUCGCUACCAGCGCCGGUCAUUGGGGACCUCGGAGUCCCGAGACAUUAUCGGUCGUUGCUACGUGCUGGGGCAGAACUUGGAAAUCAAUCCCAACACGGACGAAGAGGGAGAUGCAUGGCAUUUCUGUCAAGGCCGAACCACAGGCCACGAGAGGUUCGGCUCCUGUCAGCAGGGCCUCUCUGCCACAUUCGACAAGGACUACCACUACCUCAUCUUUGGGGCUCCUGGAGCAUACGGCUGGAAAGGUGUGGUGCGCUUGGAACAAAAGAACGAAACCUUUUUGGAGCUGGAAAUCUAUGACGACGGCCCUUUUGAAACGGGAGAUGAGAGGAAUAGGAACGCUGACUUGGUCCCCGCUCCUUCCAACAGCUACCUGGGCUUCUCUCUGGACUCAGGGAAGAGUCUGAUUGAGAAGGGUGAGUUGACGGUGGUGGCAGGAGCUCCCAGAGCUAACCACAGUGGAGCGGUGGUGCUGAUGAAGAAAGACGGAUACAACAGCAUGUCAGAAGAGUACACCCUGGAAGGGCAAGGGCUGGCCUCGUCUUUCGGCUACGAUUUGACCGUGCUGGAUCUCAAUAAUGAUGGUUGGCAGGACAUAGUGGUGGGAGCACCACAGUACUUUGAGAAGGACGGGAAAAUCGGAGGAGCCGUCUACGUCUACGUCAACAAACUGGGAAAGUGGAACACAGUCAAGCCCAUCAGAAUAGACGGACCAAAGGACUCCAUGUUCGGCCUGGCUGUGGAAAACCUGGGAGACAUCAAUCAGGAUGGUUACCAUGAUUUUGCAGUGGGAGCUCCUAAUCAGGGAGCAGGACAGGUGUACAUCUACCAUGGAGUAGCCUCAGGUGUCAUCUCCAAAGAAGCUUCACAGAUUCUGUCCGGCGAGGCUUUAGGAGUGAAGAUGUUUGGCUACUCUCUGGCAGGCAACAUGGACCUGGAUAAAAACGCCUACCCUGACCUGGCCGUCGGGUCCCUCUCUGACUCUGUCUUUGUCUAUAGAGCCCGUCCAGUUAUAAAAAUCCAAAAGGAAGUUAACUUCACACCAAAGAAAAUCAACCUCACCGAGAAGAACUGUGGCGAAAACUUCUGCUUGAAUAUCGAGGCAUGCUUCACCUUCACUGCCGAGCCCAAGAGUUACGCUCCCAGACUGACGGUGGCGUACUCCCUCGAGGCGGACGCUGACCACAGGAAGAAGCUUUUGAACCCCAGGGCGGUCUUCAAAGACGGCUCUGGGAAUAGCUACGAGUCAAAAGGGACGAUCACCAUGGACACCCAAGGAAAGAAACAGUGCAUUACCAGAAAGCUUAUGAUUCAGGACAAUAUUAAAGACAAGCUGCACGGGAUUCCCAUCGAUGUGUCCGUGGACAUCCAGGACGGAAACCGCAAACGCAGACAGAGCUCAACCGGUCAGCUGGCGCCUGUCCUGGACGCCAAGGAGUCCUCGAAGAUGCGAUCUGAGGUGAGUUUCCUGAAGGAAGGUUGUGGACCAGACAAUGUCUGUCAGAGCAACCUGCGGGUGAAAUAUCGCUACGGCUACAGGACAACAGACGACGUCACGUUCACUCCAUUAAAACUGGAGGAUGACGUGCCGGUGUUUUCGCUCAGCGACCAAAAGGACAUCGCUUUGGAGGUUACAGUUACCAAUUUCAAUGGAGACGAUGCACACGAAGCCUCUGUGCUCGCCAGCAUCCCCCGCUCCCUCACCUACUCUGCUUACCGUGUUCCAAAAAAUGUGACGCAGGUAUCCUGUGUAGCCAAUAAAGACGGUUCUGAGGCUAAUUGUGAGCUUGGAAACCCCUUCAAACGUGACGCACAGACGACCUUCUACAUUCUCCUGGGUACAUCGGGCAUCACUUCGAACACUACCGACCUGGAGAUUGUUCUUCAGCUAAACACAACAAGCAACCAGGAUAAAUUAGCCUCUGUUCAAGCAAAGGCAAAGGUGGCUAUCAUGUUGCAGCUGUCUAUAUCGGGACUUGCCCAUCCAUCUCAGGUGUACUUCUCAGGAAAGUCCAAGGGUGAGACGGCCAUUAAGUCUGAGAGUGAAAUGGGCACUGCCAUCACACAUCGGUUCAGUAUAAUCAAUCUGGGGAAGAGCUUGAAAGACUUUGGCACUGCCACCCUUGACAUCGACUGGCCGAAAGAGACAGAGGAUGGGAAGUGGCUGCUGUACCUGAUGAAGAUCAGCGCCACCGGAGUGGACCAGAUAGACUGCACUCCUAAAGACGAGAUCAACCCUCUUAGCAAGGAGCCAAGUAAAACCAGGAAGAGAAGAGAAACACAAAACACUCUGGGAAUUAAGGAGGGCACUAUCUCACGUUUACUUGACGGGAAGAAAUCUAAAACUCUGUCCUGUGGCAAAGGGGCAACAUGUGUAAGGAUAACGUGCCCCCUGCGGGGCAUGGACAGUAAUGCAGUCUUCACUCUAAACUCUCGCCUCUGGAACAGCACCUUCAUAGAGAAAUAUUCCAAACUCCAUCUCGUGGAAGUGAUCGUUAAGGCCUCCCUGAAUGUCGAUAGUAGAGCAAAGAACAUAGUGCUGAAAAAUGCUGAGUUUCCGCUGAAACUGACGGUGUUCCCAGAGAGGCGUGAAGCUCAGUAUGGAGGCGUGCCGUGGUGGAUCAUCGUGCUGUCCAUCCUGUUCGGGCUGCUGCUGCUGGCCCUGUUGGCUUUCCUUCUGUGGAAGUGUGGAGUGUUUGACAAAAAGAAUAAAGAGGACCCAGGCGAAAAAGAGAAACUGACAUCACAUGCAUAAAAAAAGAGAAGAGGUGUGCAUUUUUUAAGCGUGCCAAAUAUGAAGACAAGGUUCCAAGUUACAACGCUGUUCGGAUAAGACGGGAGGAGAGACCGCCAAACCCUGUGACUGAUAACUGGGAAAACGUGGAAAAGAAGCCCUGGAUGACAACCUGGCACGACAAAGAACAUUUUUCCUAACAGUGAGAUCUGAUCCACACAGAUUUCCUUUUUUUAUACUGAUGAACUCACAUUUUCACUAAUUUCCCCUGCCUUGUCUUUGUACAAAGUGGAUUGUAAAUAACAAAGUAAAUAAUUUGUUAAAAGAGAAAAACAUUUGUAAGACCAAAUUCUUGAUCACACUUUUGCUUCAGGGGUUGAAUUGAUCUCGUGCAGUCUGUAUACAUCACUGGAAGGAGAGUUGCAUUGUGGGCGAUCUUCCUGCACAACUGCUGUCCGUCAGAGCUUUGUUUUGUACAUUUACUACAUUCAGUGUUGACUUGGGGGGGCUGGACAGAGGGAGCUUUUUAAAAAAAAAUGUUUAAUGGUUUGCAGAAUUGUUUUCUAUUUAUUCUUGGUGAGGAGUACUUAAUGUUACGUGCCUUACAGGCAAAAGAGUCAUUUGAACAAACACAGCAAAUUUCAACAAAUCUGUGUUUUUCACCAUUUAAAAAUAAAAAUGUCUACAGUGCAUCUUCCUAAACUGUUGAUAAUUAAUACCUUGGGUUGUACAUAAGAGUUUUCCAGGACUCGUUUUGAAUGUACUACUUCCCCGCUGAAUUCAUUUUCUAUUCACUGGCUGUAAAAUGGGAAGAGUGUGAACACGAGCAAAAUAGUUUCUUGAAUAAAUAAAUGUUGUCAUGUCAA